CCAAACAGAUAUUAAUAGAGGGUUGGAAAAGAGGAGAGAUGAUAUUAAAGGAAUAUAAAGACAUGUUCGUCAAUCAAUACUUAUUGAGCUUGAGAGAGCGAUAUAAGCAAUCUCCUAAACAAGCGAGAGUUCAAGCUAAAGAUGCGCCACGGGUUGGGGACAUAGUUCAAAUAAAGGGAGAUCAAAAGAAUAGAGGUACUUGGAAAGUAGGUCGAAUAUCAGAAUUAAUAAAAGGAAUAGAUGGGCAGUGUAGAGUGGCUAAGGUAAAAGUAGGCAACACUAUCUUUAUAAGAUCUCUCGCACAUUUGUAUCCUUUAGAGGCAGAAGAUUCCACGGUGUCAGUGGAUCCAGCAAAGGAUAUAUUAAUUGGUCAAUGUUCCAAGGACGAAGAAGCGAUGGAUCUCGAUAUAGAUGUAAAUAUACCUGUUCAUAGAGAAAAUAUGAAACAAAGAGAAGAUAGAUCGACGGAAGAAAUAGUGAAUAAUAAUAUAUUAAAUGGUCAGAUACGGGAUAAUGUGGAUAUGGGUUUAGAAGUAGAAGGUUCUAAGGAAAUAGAAAUCAUGGAUACCUCGGAAGAAAUGUCUGAGUUAUUACCAGCACAAGCACAAGGUGACAUCAAUAAGGAAGUACAGAAUACAGAAGAUGGCAUGGUGUCGGAGAUACCUGGUGACGAGAGACAAAAGAGAGCAGCAGCGGUCCAAGCGAUGGAGAAGAUCAAACAAUGGUCUCGCCACCUGUUGCUCACACUAACUUCUCUUCAUUGAACUUCCUUCGCCGGGUGUGUCGCGACGUUCGCGAGUUACCUGGCAACACUACCAACUAAACGGAUCUACUUCCGUUUGAAACGCGGACUUGACAUAUCAACAACGCUGACCUGGCGUAUCAUCAGCGGAGACAACGGUUAGAGGAGGGCUCUGACAGCUCUCCACAUAUGCCGUGUAGCUACUGCCAAACACAGGUAUGAAUCAAUCGUUUACUUGACUGACGUUCAUACCGAGAGAUUCAUAAUAAUAGUCUUAUAGCAGAUAUAACCUUUGGAGAUGAAUUCAGGCAAUGUUUAAUUCUCUUUGUUCCAAACUUAUUCCCCAGAG